GCCGUAAUGGAGAUAUUCAACUUUUUCUUUGUGGAGUUACUUAUUGGGCACCCUAUAUAAUACCGAUAUCAUUUCGAAAUCUCUCGAAAAUUUCCAGCUACAGCAGCAUCAAAAAGACAAAAAGAGACUUGAGCACUUUCGGCCGUCGGAGCAUAACGUUUCUGUAGUUCUGUCACUGGUAGAGAAAAAAUGACGAUAAAUUUAGCCGCUGCUGCCUUUGUGUCGACUUUAUGCAUUAGCACAAACAUCUGUUCAUUAGUUAAUAGAUUAAAGAGUUAAUAUUGAUAAAGCAACAUGACCUUGUUUUCUUAUUUGUAAAUAUAUUAUGAAACAAAUAUUAUCUUAUGUUAAUCAAGCUAUUUCCUUCAAAUUCUAUUUAUAAAAAUCAACAAACAUCACUGCUCUUUAAUUCAUUUUGGAUUUUCAGCUGCUUACCACUGUUGUAUAUAGAUAUGUAAGCCGAGCGGCUGAAUGGUCGCCACAAAUACAUGAAUGUGCAAAUCGAAAGUGUUUUUUUUUACUUGUUAUUGUUUAUGUUUGAAUCAUGAAUUUACUUCUUAAUCUUUUCGUUUGUUUAUAUGUACGAAAAAGUAAUAAUCUGUGUCUGAAAUAAUAAAAGUAGAGUGUGGAUGGCUGGGUGUGGUUGUUGGUGCUACUGAACUUCUCACAAUACCCACAGCCUAAGUCACCGCCGUCAAUCAACUCGUCAGCUUAUACCUGCAGUUGUAUAGUACCUAUAUCAAUAAUGCUCAUUUUAUAAUUGAUUUAUUGACUGAAAUUCAUUGGAAAUUCUUUACUUUUGCUAUGGCAUCCAUUUUAUGUUACUAGAUAUCAUUUAAUUUUUUAAAAAUCUGUUGGAAGACCUAUAAACUACAGAAGAAACUGUAAAGAGUGAAGAGCUUAAUUAAAUCUACAGUUGUUCAUCGCUUAAUAACUAAUGAUAGUAAAGGAUCAUCAACUAAUAUACAUAUUCACAUAUUUUUCAGGCUUCUUGUGGAGUCUACUUCAAUCAAGCAAGAAGCAAGGAUUUUGUGCAUAUGUUAUCAUAAUUUUCGAUGAUGUCAACAAUUCUUAAUGACGUUCAUGAAGAAAAGGAAAAGAUAAAAAAGCUAAUAACAUAAAUAUGAACUCUAUAAAUACUGAUUUAUCUAUUUAAUUUCAUAAUCUUACAUUUGAUUAUUGCUACACCUCGAAUCAAUCUUCAUUAUACAAAUUGAAUAAGUGAAGGUGAAAGUAAUAAUAUCUUACAACACGAUUGCUUGCGUGUGGCUGCUUCUCCAGAUAAACCGUAUGUUAAUCGUGAAAUUAUAUCUUAUUGUAUGAGUGAAUCUCCAUGGAAAUUUCAUAUUGAAAACAAUGAUAUUUUUCCAAAGUUUACUUUUGCUGAACCUUCCAAAUCGAACAUUACUAGUCAACAACUGUACCUUUGGUCAGCGCCGAUAGAUGUUGCUGAACGUUAUCAAUUCUACUUAAAUCAAUUAUUAACAUCAAAUAAUAGAUCACUGGAAACAAAAGUUUUCUAUAAUUGUACAUUACCAAGAUUUGAUUCUAUGUGGCAAUAUAAAGUUAAUUAUUAUCAUCAAAAUCAUUUAUCUUUAUAUGAUAUUAUUCAUGAUUAUUAUCGUAAUUAUGAAUAUAAGUCUACUAAUUUCACCUGUUAUAUUCAUUUACAAUGUAAUUGUGGUCCUUCUGUAGCAUGUUUAGAUUGGAGUGAAAUUUGUGAUGGA